AUGCAAAGCGGGAGAGAGCUUGAGGUUGUGUCGGAGUUGAAAAUCGACGACCGGACCGAGACGGUCGGGAUUCCGAAGCAGAUUGUGAUAAACGACAAGGCGAAGCUGUUCGACAGGCGGAUCUGGAAGGCGUUGAAGUAUCCGGUGAUCGCAAAACCUCUCGUGGCCGACGGCAGCGCGAAGUCGCACAAAAUGGCGCUGGUUUACAACCACGAAGGUUUGAAUUCUCUGAAGCCUCCUGUGGUGGUGCAGGAGUUGGUGAACCACGGUGGCGUGAUCUUCAAGGUGUACGUGAUCGGGGAGCGCGUGAGGUGCGUGAAGCGGAAGUCGCUGCCGGACGUGGAAGAGGAGGAGUUGAUGAAGGUUUGGGAGGAUUUGUGGGCGUUUUCGCAGUUUUCAAAUUUGGCAAGCGAUGAAAGAAUCGACGACAAAUAUUACAAGAUGAUGCAUUUGGAUGAUGCUGAGAUGCCUCCUCUGAGCUUCGUUACUCAGAUAGAUAAUCAUGAUAGUAAUAGAGUUCAUGGCGUUCCGCACACACUCCAAAAAGAAGAUUUGGAGUUAGAAAGAGAAUUGAAACUCAUUAACAAAUCUCCAGUGAAGAGUAUUCAUACAAAAUAUGGAUAUAUUGUUGACUGUAUUGAUAUUUAUAAACAACCAGCAUUUGAUCAUCCUUUAUUAAAGAAUCAUAAGUUACAGAGAAAACCCAGCUUUCAAAACUCAUUUGAAAAGACAAGUGUGGAGAAUUCUUCUACUAAAUUCAUAUUCGGACUUGAGAAAGAUGAAUGUCCCAGAGGAAGUGUUCCUAUCAGAAGAACAACAAAAGAUAAUCUCAUUCAAAGCAAAUUAUUAUCCAAUGAUCAUGUCUUGCUUGAAAAUAAUCCUGGUGUCCAUGUUGCAGAAGUUUAUCUUCCAAUAUCAUUUGGUCCUUAUUACAAAGUUAGUGGAACUAAUAGCAUUUAUAAUCCACAAAUUAAGACAAAGGAUCAAUUGAGUUUUUCUCAUAUGUGGGUUCGAAAGGGACCUAUAGAUACUAGAAACGAAAUCUCUUUCGGAUGGCAUGUGGCUCCACGAAUUUAUGGUGAUAGUGCAACUUAUAUUUUCGCAGCAUGGACAUCCGAUAAUUUCAAAAAAACAGGAUGCUACAAUGUACAUUGUUCAGGAUUUGUUCAAACUGAUCCAGCAAAGUAUCUUGGUUCUAUUGUGGAUAAAACAUCUACCUAUGGUGGAGAAAUGAUUGAGCAUCCAAUGUCUAUUACACUGAAUGACAAUUCUGAUUGUUUUGGUGUUGACUAUUAUGGAGAUCUCGGAAAUGAAGUUGGAUAUUCUCUCCAAUUUGGAGGACCAGGCGGUGACUGUCGAAAUUGA